GGAGUAAGGCCGCAUCUUCAGUUGGACAUUGGCCUCCGUGAGAUUAACAGUCGAAAAGAGAGUCAAUUGGUGAUAAAUAGGAAGUGCCGGAUCCUCUUGUCUUAAUCAGGAAACCGGGAUCACCGCGGUGCUGAGAGUAGCUGCCUUCGAAUCAGUCUCAGGCAGAAACCAAGCGCGCGAGGCGUCAGAAGAAAACAAGAAGAAUGCGGUUGUCCACGGUUUUCGAGCUGCUGCUUAUCUUCCUGCUGAUAGCGUUUGCCGCCUAUGCCAGAGUAAUAGGCCGCGAUGAGGCCACACUGCGACGUGCCGUUAGAGCGAUUAAUACUACAAAGGAGAGCAACCUGGGCGUUACAACGAUAUCCUUGAAACAAGCGACGGACAACGUUAACAAGUAUUGCACCUGCAACGAGAACAUUUGCAACUGCUGUCGCGACUUCAAUGUCCCGUUGGUGCAACUCAAAGGACCCGGCUGUGCAUCCUUGCAGUAUCUUCAGGGUGACAACCUAGCCGUACAAAUAAGCUUUGGCGACAACAUAUUGACGAGUAGCGUAGUCAGCGGAAAGAGUCCGAAACCCGUGUGCGUUCCCCUACCCGGUGGAUUUUCAAAAUUCUGCGGCAGGAUCUAUUCAAUACAGAGAGAAGCCAAUAAGCACUUCAAGGCCUGUCUUGGACUGGAGUUGCAGUCAUCGACUGAAGUUGAGGCGAGCUUGCGCGUCAGCUGUUUCAGAUUCGGACCGGAUGGCCUCAAACUGAGACCAGCCGAGCCACUUCCGGUAGUGGAAUCAGACGCUAGCUCGGACGACGACGACGAUGACGACGAUAUUUUCGGUCUGGGAGGCGAUGACGACGACGACGACGACGACGACGAUGACGACGACGACGAGGACACGGAAGAGGAACCAGCCGAAGCCAAUGCCGUACCAAGUUCAUCGUCCAAUAACGAAUCUGAGGACGAUGACGAUGAUGACGACGUUCUUGGGCUUGGGGCACUCUUCGACAUCUUCUCCGGGGAAGACGAUACCACCACAAAGAGACCAAAAGUUACGACACCGCUACCAAUCCCGCAAUUCACGAUACCCAUUAUAAGUAAGCCUACCUCCGAGGACACUGCUGAACCGGAAAACGCCCCAAAACCCGAAAACACAUCCGAGGAUGUCGAAAUGGCGACAGACGGUGAGCAGUUGAAUACAGAAGCGGUGCAGGAGAUUACGCAUGCCGUCGCGCAGAUGAACACGGAGAGUACCGCCGGAGCGACGGAUAUGCCCGAAAAGGAUAACGAUGUUGGCGGCUCGAGUAACCAGGAAGUUGUCGUGGAACCACCAAAAGUAUCCUCGACUCCUCUGAAAAAGGUUACUGGAUACAAGAAAAAACCAGCCAGUGCGAACACCAUAAAGGAUUACAUUAAAGUGAAGCCCCUAGCGAAACCUAUCAAGCCUGAUCCAGUGAAAAAUGAUCAACAGGCUAGUCAAGAGGAGGAGGAGGAGAAUCAGGGAGAAGAGGAUGAAGAUGACGAGGAUGAUAUUCUCGGAGCUGCUGAUCUGGAUGACGAUGACGACGAUGAGGACGAAAAGGAGGAAGUUGAGACGGAUGACGGGGAGGAGGAGCAAGAUGAUGAUGACAAUGACGAUGACGACGACGACGACGACGAUGAGAAAGAAGAAGAAGAAGGGGAGAAAGAGGAGGAAGACAAUCAGAAGAUCCAAGACAACAAUAAAGAUAAGAUCACUGACGAGGUGGACGAAGAUGAAAAAAACGAGGAACUUGAUGUUGACGUAGACGACGACGAUGACGACGACGAGGAAGAGGAUGCGCUUUUGGCUGCCCUGGCUCAGGAUGACAAAGACGAAGGGAAAAAAGACAAAAUCCAGGAGAACGAGGCGGAGAAUCCGGAAGAGGAUGAUGCUGACUAUGGAUUCGGAUUGGCCGAGUUCCUUGCCAGGAAGAGGUCAUCCAAAAGUGGACGACAAAGUCGUGUCAUGAGAUUUUAGUGUUCCCCGUCUUACUUAUCCUGAUUCCUUAGGCAUCGUCCCUAUUGCUCCCAAGGAAUCUGAAGAAACUUUGUGCGUUGGACAUCGUGCAAGGAUUGAACCUUUGCUCGCGAAGCAGGUCGUUGAUCAAGGACUGAGAAAUAUCGUUGGCAUCAAAGGUGCGAGUAAAAACGGGGUUAAGGAGGGAGGAGAUGAUGGUCCAACGUAUAAAGGAUAAGCGUCGUAGGAAGGAAAUGGAACUCGACCGGAACUGAAUCCCAAAUGACGAUACGCAAAAUGAAAUGAGAUGAGGACGGAAGAAGGAGAAGCAAUUCGAGAUGACUCUCAGCCAUACGAAGAGAAGACGAAGAAGAAUUUAGCAUAAUCUGCUUAGGCUACUUAAACUUAUGUUAGCCAGCGGUACGCGCCUUAUUUAUAUAAUUUAUUGUCUCUGUAGUAGUUAUAAAUAAAUGAUGACAUGGUA